UUCAGGGUGCAUAUCAUACCUCACCUGUAGAAGGCAGCAGUGCGCAUGACUUGCGUCUCGCGGGCCUAAAAUGUAACGAGAAGAAGAGAAACUUUUACCGGAAGAGAUCUCUGGCUUAGUUGAGAGAUGCAGAGUGCUGGAGAUCAGCCUCAUCCUCUGUUUGGGGGGGCACUGUCAGCCGUCUUCCCUCACAGCGCCAAAGACACCAGUGAGCUGAGGGAGAUCCCGGACAACCAGGAGGUGUUCGCCCAUGAACACACCGACCAGAGCCUGAUCGUGGAGCUGGUGGAGUACCAGGACCAGGUGGAGGACCAAGACGCUGCCAGGUAUCACUUUGAAGACAUCGCAGGCAGCAACAAAGCUCUAGAGCCAGGUGCUUUUGAAGUGACCAGUGUUGUGUCUCUGUCCAAAUCUGAGCUGUCCCUGUCAGACUGCAGCUCCGCCUGGAUGCUGACUGGGACACAGUGUGUAUCCAAAUUCAACGAAGAAGCGAGGAAUACAGUGACCCUUCACCUGGGUCUGUUCCGUCUGCCCCAGUUCUCCACCGAUGUCCUGAUAUCCUUCAACGACCCGCAGAGAAUCAGCCCUGAGAGCAGCAGUGCUGCCUCAGCGGAGACACACAGAGAGCCAUGGACGGUGCAGGACUUCCAGCGCUUGUUGCAGACUCUGACCCUGCACAACCCGGGCCUGUUUGGGUAGGACAACUGCUGCUUUCUCAGCAUGGAGACCUUUUGUCUCAGGCACAUUUAAAC